AUGGUCUGCUAUGCGCCUCCUGCUCUGCACCAUGCGUUGCCAGCCGCUGGCUUGGCCACCAAGACCAAGCUAGCUUGUUUAGCUGCUACAGAGGGAAUUGCGACAAAUUCUCAGAGCCCCAAGGCCAGCCGGGCAACCGGAGGCGAGAAGCUCUAUACACCCGCAAGUCGCGUGCGGUCCGCUCACGAGUUUGACAAGGAGCUCAGGCGUUGA